UAAUGUUCUGCUGUCUGUUAUUUAACGCCCUGCCUGGUAGGGUGAGUUUACAGUCUAUGAGUUUAUUGCGUGUUGUUUCCUGGCAUUGCACUGAGGUGAGUCAGAGGAGGGACGGACACGGAUCAGGAACACACUGACUGGAGUCACAGCGAGGACUAACAGCUACUUUAUAUUUUAUAUUUCUACUGCUUCUGUCCAAACGUCGACUACAGCAGGAAUCUAAGUAUUUAAAAGGACAUUCAAACGAGCAGCUUCACCAACAGCCGAAGGUAAAAAGUGUCCAGGUGCUGGAGAAUGAACACGGAUCUGGAGGAGCAGGAAGACGAACUGCUCGCUCUGCAGAGUAUUUUUGAUUCGGAGGAGUUCGUCCGAGAUGAGUCGAAGUCUGCCGGAGAAAUCCGAGUGUCUGUUGAGCUUCCUGCAGACUUCAAUGUGGUUCUGAAAGAAGGUGAUUCUCUGAGGCAGUAUGAGAUUUCAUUCCUCCCACCUCUGCUUCUGACCUUUGACCUCCCCCAGGACUACCCGUCCUCCUCCCCUCCCUCCUUCACCCUCACCUGCAGCUGGCUGACUCACCCACAGCUCCAUGCAUUGGGUGUUCAGCUCACUGAUCUGUACCUGGCCACUGGGGGCGCUGUGGUGCUCUUUUCCUGGGUGCAGUUUCUCAGAGAAGAUGCCCUGAAGUUUCUGGACAUCCACAGUCUGCUGGAGCUUCCCUCAGAUGAACACAACACCCAGCUCUGUGACCAGGACAAAGACAAUGCUGCACUCUCAGAACCAAAUAAUAAUGAACACACUCCAGCGUCUGAACCCACAGAUGAGCAACACUGUGAUGUGUCAGAUCCAUGUGAACCACACCUCCCUGGAUCAUCCUGGCAAGUUCAGGAGAAUCCUUCAGCCUCAGAUGGGAGCAGCACAGAAUCUCAGGGAGCUUUGGCUUUAGACUCUCAUCAACAGACUCUUUCCUCCGAGACUGUGGUCCAAAACCAAAUCACACAGACCUCAGAUGUGAUGGAGGCUCAAACAACCUUCCAAAACUCAGAGUUUCAGGCAGACCAUCACAAUGAUCUCUCUUCAGCUGCAGGUCCACUGGAUCCAAAUGAAGAAGGAGCUGCUUCUUUGCCCGUCCACCCCAGAGAUUCUUCUCCAAACAAACACCAAACCUCUGAUCUCUCUAUAACUCCAUCACAAGCUCUCAUGUCUCAGAUUUUGAUCUACAAUGCAUCUCAGAAACAGAAAUUGUUUACCACCACCUUGUUUGACUGUGGUGUUUGUUUCAUGAGCUGGCUGGGUUCAGAGUGUGUGCAGCUCUUCCAAUGUGGCCACAUCUUCUGCAAGGCAUGUCUGGGCGAGUUCUGUAAGGUCCAGAUAAAAGAGGGGAACGUCCGAGGCGUCACCUGUCCUCAGGCAGACUGUGGUGGCACCCCUACACCUGCACAGGUGAGGAGUCUGGUAGGAGAGGAGCUGUUCAGCCGCUAUGAUCGCCUCCUGCUCCAGUCAACUCUGGACCACAUGGCUGAUGUGACGUACUGUCCUCGGAAUUCCUGUGGUUCGGCUGUCAUUGUGGACAAAUCCAGCACUGCAGCAAUGUGCUCUGUGUGCAGCUUUGCCUUCUGUGUCAAAUGCAGAAAGACCUACCAUGGAGCACAGGACUGUCAUACAAUGAAGACAGAAAAGUAUGACAAAAUUCCAAAGCGAGGUUUUGCCUGCCUGCCAAAAUCUAAAGAGGGAUUGAAGGCUGUUUGGGACGACUAUUCCACCGGCAACAGGGAGAGGAGGCGCCUCCUGGAGGGAAGAUACGGCCGUGACAUCAUGCAGGGAACCCUGACUAUGUGGCUGAGUGAUGACUGGAUAACCGAUAACUGCAAGCACUGUCCUCACUGCUUCUGUAAAAUACAGAAGAUCAGUGGAUGUAACGUGAUGACAUGCACUCAGUGUCACCGACAGUUCUGCUGGGCCUGCCUCACCAGACUGGAAAAAUAUUCAUAUGAUCACUUUCAGAACAGUAACUGUGUGCAACAUCCCCCCGAUUUUGGAUACAGAACCUGAUUUACACAGGUCUUUUAAUGCGCAUGGGCCAAAAAGUGAAAUCAUUUUCUUCGUCAGAAAUGUGAAUUUGAAAACUGACAGCCUUACUGUGUCAUACUGUGUCUUGAUCAGUAGAGGGCACUAAAAAACAAGAAUGCCAGAACAACUUUAGCACGCUGGCAUCUACCUUUACAAGAGUUUACCUUGAUAUCAAAUUAAAAAUGUGCUUUAUCUAUCAAUAUUUAUUAUCUAGUAAUAUUUUGCUUCAAAUUUUACUGUGACAAUCUUAUUUAUAAGUUGCAAAAGGAUGAUAAUCUGUAAAACUGAUUGCCCUGUUUGCUUUUUCUGAAGCAAAUUUAGGAUUUAUUCCAGUUUGUCCUCCCCAGGUAUGAUUAGGAUACUUGGCAAGGCUGCGCAGUAUGCUGGCCGUAUGUGUCAGUCAAUCUUACAGUUUUUUGAUCAAUUAGGUAGUCUACAGAUUCAGAAGUAUAGUGCCUAGAGACUAUAGUGAUGCCUUCAGGUGUUUUGUUUUGUUUAACCAAGAACCAAAGAUAUUCCCUUUAACUGUCAUUAAAUACUAAGUAAUAGCAAAUAUUGUUGCACUUUUCUUGACUGUGGAUCAGUCAGUCGAUCAGCUGAUUAGAUGUUGUCGUAGUCUUUGCAGCUCUAGUCCUUCAGGAAACACUUUUCAAGGUACUUGCAAAGUCUACAGGAGUUUUCGAUAGGGAAUACAUGUACUGUUGUAAUGUUAUGAAGCUGUAAGACGAAAGUGCACUGUAAAAUUAUUCUCAUUAUAACCUUUGAGCAUGGAAAGAAUGCUGACUCGUUUACAGCCAUAGAUACUGUACAUGUGGUUGUAAAGACUGCAGGGAAAGCCUCAAACUGCUGCUCUGCACAGUCUAUACAACUUUUAUUUCCCUUGAAACAGCAGCUUACAGGUAGUUUUUGGGCGUUAGGCAUCCACUCAUUCAUUGAUUUCCUGUUUUUGAAACGUCCCCCUCCCUUCCUCCCCUGUGCUGUCAUAACACUGGAACAAAGACCAGAGUUGCAUGUCCCCAGACUCCCUGCGGCAUGAUCGGAAAUCUGCAGCUGUCUCUCAUAUUAAGCCAAAGCGUUUGUGCUCCUGUGUCUCUUCCAGGAAAAGUCCCAUAUCUCUGCACAGGGGUCAUCACUUCCUCAUGAAUGUCUAAACAACUGUUUGCCUUACUGACCUGCGGUGCUGCAGCAGGGCCUGGAGGACUGUAACUCAGACUCCUACUGUGUUUGUGUUUGUGCAGCCUCUUGGUGGUUCCUGUGAGAUUGAAGAUAUGACUGAAGAGGCUCACAGAAAAUAUUGAUAUCAAGGAACUUAAUGCAGCAGUUAAAACAUGCUUAGAAAACAUACGAAGGCACUUGAGAAAAACAGGAACAAAAACUGACAAGUUGAUUUGGUAUGAAGAAAAAAACUGCGCUGUGAUUAAAUAAUGCAGAAGUCUUGUUAUGAGGAACCUUUCAGACUCACAAUGCAUUAGCUUUUGUAUCAAUCUGAGCAAGAUUUGAAAGAAUAACAACAGACCUUUUGCAUCGAGGACAUUUAACUUGUCAUAGAUAAGUGCAGCUGAGAUAAAUAUUUUUAUAUAAGUGCUUUACCUGCCAUGAUCAGCAGCGUCUGCUGUGAAGACGUCUAUCGUGCCAUAUGUCCGGCAGAGAAUGUCUAAAAUAUUCCUCAUUUAAAUGUGCUCAUACACUGGAACAAAUGACUUUCUCAAAACAAGAAAAAAUAACUUAUUUCAAGGAACUUUUACCUUGAAAUAUGUGGAAAAAUCUGCCAAUAGAAGAAGUGAAAAAAUGGCUUGGUAAGAUUUCUUGAAAUAAGAUAUGAUAUUUAUAAUAUUGAGAUCUUAAAAUUAGUUGGGAAAACUUAUGUUAAGCUGUAUUUUACCACAAUUGUCAAGCUUAGGUGUCUGAAAAUGAGCCAGACAUGCUAAAAAAUAGCAGUUUUUCACUCAAAAAUAGAUUUUUGCUUUCAUGUAACCUCCUAAUUUGAGAUAUAUUAAACUCAUUUUGAGUUUUCUUGUAAAAUUCAACUCAAAACAAGAUAAUUUCAAGAUUGUUUGACUUAACAAGAUAUUUAAGAUGCAUUGUCUUAAAACAAGUCCCUCCAUCUUAUUGACAUGUCACUUGUUAAGUGAAUUUAUCUUCAAUUGAGUGGGAUGAGACAUUUUGACAAAAAAUAAGACAAAUAGACUUGAUAAGAUUUUGAGUUUUUGCAGUGUAGUGUACUAGAGAAGAAACCACUAGCAGCACAGACUGAUCUCUUUCCUCAGCUGUUCCCCUAAAGAUGUAACACCUAUCAGUUUUUAAUUGAUUUGAAAUUCAUACUGAACUAUGGGAAAAAAAAACCUGCUGCUGUGUUGAAGACUGCAGUUUGACAGUGUCACACAUAAAUCCAUCAUCUGUCAAAUGAAAUAACAGAUUUGUCAAAGGUGCAACAGGUACUAAUCCACAUGGAGCUUUGCAGCAGGAGUUGAUAAAGCUGUGAUCAUGUCCACACCAACACAUCACGUUUAAAACACACAGCAGAUGUUUGGUGUGUUCCUGCAGGAUGUAAUAAAAAGCUUCAUUGUCACUGGAGGCCCCACCCCGACCCCUCCUGCUGUCUCCCAUCCUCCUCAUCCCCAGUCUCACCCCAACCAGUCAAGGGAGAUGGCCACCUUCCCUGAGCCCGAUUCUGUCGCAGGGUUUUUUUUACUGCCAUGAUAAAAGUUUUUUGUUCCUUCUUAUCGUUGUGGACUGCUUGCUCAAAGGUAACCCUGAAUUAUUGGAUUCUCUAUUCUUUGUAUAAAAUUCAUGUGAAGUGCUGUUAAAAGACAUAUGUUGUGAAUUUGUGCUAUGUAAAUAAAACUGAAUUAAAAUGAAUUAAACCAACAGCAGAUGAUAGGAAAUAUGAAUUGCAGUUACAUCAAAGUGCAGAGCUGCUUUUUAGAAUUUCACAUUUGCAAUUAAAUAAGAUGGGACCGUCAGUGUGAUGCAUUUGCCCCUGUGGUAUUGUGUUUUUGUUUUUUUUGUUUUUUUAAAUCCUUCUAUUUCCUGUAUGAUUUUGAAACUUUCCCUUUCAGGUUAGGUAGAUCCUAUGAUCACUAAAAUGAAGUAUUUUGUUUUAUUAUAAAGUAGUUAUGCCUCCCACCAACUGUGUUUUGUGUUAUAAUGUGCUGCUCUGCCAAAAAAAAAAAAAAUGUCACACACUGCUUUUAACUUUGAAUACAGCACACAUUCACUGUGGCAUCAUUUCAAUAAGCUUCUGCAAUGUCACAGCAUUUAUUUCUGUCCAAAGAUGCAUUCAUUUUUCACCAUCUUAUGUUGAUGAUGGGAGAGUCAGACAAAAUCUUCCGUAGUACAUCCCAAAGAUUCUUAGUGGGGCUGAGGUCUGGACUCUGUGGAGAACAAUCCAUGUGUGAAAAUGACGUCUCAUGCUCCCUGAUCCACUCAUUCGUCAUCUUGGAACAUGUCCAUGCCAUCAGGGAAGAAAAACUCUACUGAUGUAAAGACCUGGGGCCUCAUUUAUAAAACAUUGCGUAGGAUCCAUACUAAAGUUUGCGUACGCCGAUAAUACGAAAAGGGCGUAUGCCCCUCGCCCCUGAUUUAUAAAACUUUGCGUAAGCACAGCUGCAUGCAAUUUCUUGAUAAAUCACACACCAGCUGGAAGAUUGCACAGGUGGACCCACCUCACAUUCCGCCCACAACACACCCACAUUUUACCAUGAAUGGUCAAUGCAAAGUAACUCAUGAAUGUAUCUGUAUAUAAAUAAGCUGCUGAUCCACGGCAUUUUACCCAGCGCCGGCCGGCAGUCUUUUCACUGCUGUGCGUCAGGAUGAAUGAAUCAUGUGUUGACCCAGGCCACCCUGCCACUAAAUUUGUUAUGAUCAUGUCCGAUGUACAAAUAAUUUGCACACUGAUUGAAUGUGCAUUUUUUCGGUUCACAUAGACAAAUUCAUUUUCACUCGGGAGUUGUGGUGUGAAGCAUGUGUGCCUGCGUGCCUGUACAGGGCUGAUUAAUGGUUGGACGCUCAUCCCAUUCGGCCGCAUAUGGAUAAAUAAACAAAAUUCUUUACUUUU